GAGCUUUACGGUUGAGUCGUAUUCCGGGAAAGAGGGGCGGGUUCAUUUGCAAAGAUUUAAGUUAUGAAGCUUUGCGAGCACAACCAGUCUCUGGCAGCUACUGGUACAACGCCGAUGGCAGUAAAUGCCGCGCCUAAAGGGAACAUAUCCCCGAUAAAAAGAAGGAAAUGCGCUGACGAGUGGUUCCAUCCCCGUCACAUAAUGAUCGGAGACAUUGUCAUAGAACGCCAACCAGUCUCUGUGUGCGUACCUGUGAACUACAAGGUGACUCUGAGCGUCCGCGCUGAGGCUGCAACCAUCCUCAAGUAUCAGUGGUUCACUAAAGGUGACGGUGAUAUCAACGAGGUCUAUGGCGGAACUCAGGAAGAUCUGCUCAUCGAGGCGGUUAAAACACAAUACUACGUGUGCCGUGUGAAUGACACCUCUUCCAACUGGGUGUUCAGCGAGUGGGUGAAAGUGAAGGUGCUGGACUUGGAUGCCUCAGGUUUGCCACCACAGUGGCAGGGGCAGCCCCACAUUGCAAUCAACCCGAAACCUCAGACAGUCCAACCGGGUGCAAAAUUCACACUUCGCUGCGCAGCCUUUGGCAACCCUGCUCCACGCUACCAGUGGUACCGAAAUGGACAUCUGCUGGCAAGAAACACUACUGACACGCUGCAGAUUGAUCGGGCUGAAGCCGAACACACCGGAUGGUACUUGUGCUCAGUUUCUAAUGUGCUGGAGGAGAUAUGGAGCGAAGCCGUGGAAGUUGACGUUGUGCCAAAUGAUCGACUUCCUCUAUCAGAAACCAAAGCUGUCGACAAAGUCGCCUUACUUAUCGGCAAUUUGAAUUACUCCAACCACCCUGCAUUAAUGGCUCCCAUGAUGGACGUACAUGAGCUGGCCAACCUCCUGCAGCAGCUGGAAUUCCGGGUGGUGUCCUUGCUGGAUCUUACCAAGGUGGAGAUGCUGGCUGCUGUCGACGAGUUUUUCCACCUCCUAGACAGAGGUGUUUAUGGUCUCUUCUACUACGCGGGCCACGGGUUCGAGCGCGCUGGGAGAAAUUACUUGGUGCCUGUGGAUGCUCCACAACCCUACCAAACCGAAAACUGUUUGUGUGUGCAACGGGUCAUGCUAAGCAUGCAGCAACGACAAACUGCUCUGAGUGUGAUCCUACUGGAUACCUGCCGAAAAUGGCACAACCAGCAGUCCAUACCAUCAGCCAUCAUGCCGCUGCAGCCUACAGGGAAUACCGUGUAUGGUUAUGGCACGUGCGAAGAUGCUGAGGCUUUUGAAGUCCAGGAUGGAGGAAAAAGUACAGGAAUCUUCACCAAAUACUUGAACAAGUACAUCCUUCAGGCGGAGAAAGUCACGCACGUCUUGGAGAGGGUGUCAGAGGAUUUAGGCAGGGACCCUCUGAUCACAGGCAAGCAGGCUGUGGAAAUCAAACACACCCUGAAGGAGCCUCGGUCGCUUGCAGAUCCACUCCAGGCCGCCGGCCACACACGGGAGCUGCAACUGAGAGAUUUCUGCUGGGGACGAGCAAAUAAGCUACCUGAGAAGAGGCAGCUAACGUUCCUCUGUGGCGUAGAAGUGGAAGUCAGCUUCUCGGCAUUGUUCUCGAAUGUCAUGGUGACUUUUGGAGUUAUCAAGACCACCAGCUCAAAAACGGACAACUGCACUAUCACUCUGAGUAGCAUACCUCCAAUGGAAGACAUUUUGUCCGGGCCCGGGAGGUUCGAGGAGAUCGACUCCAUACUACUGGGUCAAGCGGAUAACCCAGACUGUACUCUGCGACUGUGCGGUCUCCAAAAGCUCAAGGAGUCACUGGUCAUCAAGAUGGAUCUACACUACACGGACGCCCAGAGCAGACGGCGCCUCACAGAAAGCCAACGGGUGGACAUCGGGAAACCUUUGGUGGCGUCCUGCAAAUUGUACAACGCGAUUCAAAGCACGUCGCGGACGAAACCAAACGCUGCUUCCGCCCGGAGUGCGGCCGACAUUCCGCGCUGCAAGCAACCGCUGAGGCAGACUCUGGCCCGUCCGGGUCAGCCUUUUACCAGGAAGGCGGAGUGCGCUCACACGAAGGCCGCCAGGUGCAACGAACCUGAGGAGAAUGAUGAGACUGAGCUGCAAGACUUCAGAUCUUAGACAUGUUCAUCUUAAUUGAGGACUCUGACAUUUAAGAUGAAUCAUGGAGGUGUUUGGGUCAUGUAGCUGGUGUCGGGCCAAAACCUCUUUUGACACAAUUUGGUCAAUUUCACAUUUUUAUAGUAAUACUGUAUAUAUCAUUUUAAUGUUUUUUUUUUUUUUGUUUUGUUUUUUUUUACAAAUGGAAAUUGUUGCUCAAUAUAUUUAUAUAUAAACAACUUAAAUUGCUGAAAAUUAGUGGGUCAGGAAACAUGCCAUGUUUGGGGUUUCCUGGUAUCUGAUGGUUUUGGAGAUGGGAGGAUUCCGCCUGAUGCCAGCAAUACUUGUACAGAAUUAUC